GUGAACUGCAGAGAGGCGUCACUGGGAUGGAACACUGACAACUGCGAAGGAGACGCAGGGGAGAAAGUUAAAGAUUGAGUGCUUUAGGCUAGUUGAGAUAGUAACCUGUAGGCUAAGCCCGCUCAACAGCCAAUAACAACUCACAGGAGGUCCUUGGGAGCGUUAUURCAAAUAUCAGGAGACCAUGAUGGCCAAUUCGUACGGAAGGCCCAGCGAGGGGGCGGAGCUAGUCAGCUCUCUGGAGUGGAUGGAUGAUGACGUGAGCUCCCCAGACGGAGACAAGCCAAUCAAAGCGCAGCGCUACAGACCAGGCGGAAUGGGCCACCUGGGCAGGGAGCUGGGCAGCGAGGAUAUGGAGGAGGAUGAGGAGGAGGAGGAAGAGGAGGGCCAGGGAGACGGGAACGCUCCCAAACGCCGAGGGCCCAAGAGGAAAAGAAUGACCAAAGCCCGGCAGGAGCGCUUCAAGGCGCGACGUGUGAAGGCUAACGCACGGGAGCGCUCAAGGAUGCACGGGCUGAACGACGCGCUGGAGAACCUGCGCAGCAUCAUGCCCUGCCACUCCAAGACUCAGAAACUGUCCAAAAUCGAGACCCUGCGGCUGGCCCGCAACUACAUCUGUGCCCUGUCUGAAGCCCUGGAAGGGGACCAGUCCACGGAGAGCAGGGCCUUCAUGGAGACCCUGUGUGAAGGCCUCUCCCAGCCCACCAGCAACUUGGUGGCUGGCUGUCUGCAGCUCGGACCUGGGGGUUUUGUUGAGGAGAGGCCUGAGGACAGGAAUGGGGGGAGAGGAGGGCCCACAGUCCUGGGAGGGGUGGGGAUGGCCGUUAGACCAAUCAGCUACUCCUCCCCCGGCCUGCCCAGCCCGCCCUAUGGCACAUUGGACUCCGCCCACCUGCUCCAUCUGAGGGGGAUGAAAGGAGGGGCUUACGAGAGCCACUCCCCUAUUGACUGUAACACCCCUCCCUACGACGGCCCCCCAACACCCCCGCUCAGCAUCGGCAGUAACCUGGUGCCCAAGCAGUCCUCUCCCCACUACCUCCCCCCUCACCACUACCCCCCCUCCUCCAUGGGCCUGUACCAGAGCGCCCGCUACGAGCUGCCCCUGGAGAUGCCCUAUGACUCGUACCACCCUCCUCACAUGGCACCCCCGCAGAUGGGAACGGUCUAUGGGGAUUAAGGGCCAGAGCGGACAGAUGGGGCAGAUAUUACUCUCUCCAACAACACAACAAUCACCCUGCCCCAACUGGCUUCAUCUAAACCUAUGACUGAGGUGUUGGGAGAAAUCAGACUUUGGUACUGAACACUGUGAAAGCAGCCCAUCGUUGUGAACAACUGGGUAGUGCUGUUGUGGACUGUUGUUUACAUUUGUGUACUGUAAAGGUUAGGGCUCAACACUGUCAAUGUCUGCUCAUGAUUGACUUUAAACCAGUUGUUUGCUGCGGUUGUUUCUGAACGCCGAUUAGGUUAAAAGGCACCCACAACUUGACCAUUUCCAAGGGGUUCCUAUUCCUAGUUCCUAUUGGUGGAAAGGCUGUCUUGAAGAAAGAUUUCAGCUUGACCGCUAUGACCACAUUAUGACCACAUUAUGAGCACUUCUGACCAGCACUGGGAACAUGAAACAGAUCAUUCACAUUAAUGCAUUAUACAUUUAUUUAUUAUCUUAUUUAAUAUUUAUAUGAACUGCUGUUAGUAAUGCUGUGUUUAUCCUUUUUAUAUGUGUUUGGUCUUGGCCUUCUCUAUUUGUGCUGUCCUUGUUACAUUGUUGACUGACUCUGACAGUGUAUCUGUUAUCUCUCUGUGUCCAUUUCUCCUUUGUUUUGUGUUCUUUCCUGUUUCACACUGAAAAGAGAUUCUCAUAUAAUACUGCUGGUGUAAUGUUGCUGAUGACCAGGGGGAAAACUGCCCAUGAGGAAAUGAGAAAUGUCUGCUGUUGUAAUGAAUAGAACAAAUAUAAAUUCCAAAAUGUGAUUGAAGUUGAACUCUCAGCCAGGUGGAUCUUAUUAAUGGACAUUCCUAAAUCAAAUAUAUGUAUAUGUUGUAUAAUAUUCUGUCCAGACACUUUCUCCAUUGCCAAAUAUGUUCCUUUAAAUGUACAAAUGUUCCUCGAGCUGAAAACGUUUGGAUUGUAUUUUUUAACAAACAUUUUAUGAAUUAAAACAAUGUAAACUAA